AUGUCGACCCUGAAGAGAUCACCUUUGAAAGAGACCAAUAGUAACGUCAAAACCGGGUUAAAUGAUAUGGUGAAGAAAAGAAGUGUGGAAAGACUGGAGAUUCAACACCGAAAAAGAGCCAGGACCACGGAUGGUGGUCGCAGUCGAACCAUCGAAGGUGCUGUUCAACAACAUAGACACGCGGAUUUCAAGAAAAUGAACGAUGAGAGUGAGAGCCAGAACGCGACCAAAAAUACCAAGAUUGCGGCCAAAGUUACGCCUCAGGACCUUCUAGAAUGGCAAACGAAUUGGAGACGUAUUAUGCGUCGUGAUACCAAGAUCUAUUUCGAUACCACGGAUGCAUCGCACAAAAACGAGAAAAAAAGAGACCUCUUGCGACGCGGAUUUGCCUCGCUUGGAGCUCAAAUGACUUCAUUUUUUGAUACUGAUGUGACAAUUGUGAUCACGCAAAGAGUUUUGCGAGAUUACGACCAUUUGCCAGAAACAGAUGUGGUGGCGCGUGCCGCCAAGCGAUACAUGAAAAUCUGGAAUUACGACAAAGCCACCAGGUUUUUAACCAACUUGGACGUGGAUCUGGAAUCUUUAGAGAGCAAGACUCCCUUGGGGCCUUCCACUUUGUCAAACUUACUACACAACGAGAAAAUUUACGGACCAACAGACCGAGAUCCAAAGGCCAAGCGUGAUGAUGUGCACUAUUUCAAAUAUGCGCACGUCUAUCUGUACGACCUGUGGCAAGUAUGGGCUCCAGUGAUCAUUGCGGAAUGGCGACCUCAAGAACUGAGCAACCCGGAUCGUUUGCCUUAUCCUACUGUGAAACCGGGAUCUUUCGGAAGAUGUCCGUUUAUCGGGGAUGGUCAGUGCGAUGAGUCCAGCGCCAAAAGAAUAAUGAAGCGGUACAAACGCGACCAUUUGAACGAGAAAUUUGCAUUACAUUUACGAAUCCUAUAUCAGAGAUCUGCGGAACCUCAAAUUUAUACCUACGAGGAAAUUAAAGAACUCAAACCCUUGAUGUUACCACACAACUAUCCUAAUUCGCAGGAAUGCCAUCAAAAAUUGAUGGCUGCUGCUCAACCGCAUGACGAAUCACGAUCUAACAUAUCGGUGGAGUCGAUCAAUUCGAAAGUGGAUUCUGCUAGAUCCGCUACACUCAAGCCACCUUCGAAAGCUAUUUGGAAGACGCCCGCUCACAACCAACCGGUAUUGCUGCUGUCGAGGCAAGACACGGAGGACAUGGCCGAUGAUUUGUGCCGUAAGAAACCGCGCAUCCCACAAGAAAUCAAAGCCAGCGGCGUGGUGCAGUCGAACGACGGGUCCACGGUGCAAGGCAAUGGUUUGGGGCCGACCCGGGCAUCGGUAAUGAAUAAGAACAUGAAGUCGCUCAAUCGAUUGGUGGUGGAUAAGAAGUUCAACUCUGCGAUGAAUACGCCAACGCUCAAUCCAGCUGGCACCAGCCAGGAUUCACAUGUUGCUGGUGUCACUGGUGCCACUACCACCACCACCACCACUGCUACGAAAGCGUGCGUCGUUGUGGAGGAGACCAUCGCUUCUACUACCAACAGGACCGCGACCAUCACCGCUGCCGAACAGGCCAAACCUAAGGAAAAGAAACAAGACGCCAGGAAAAACGAUGUGAAACUGGGCGCCGGCUACUGCGAAAACUGCCGGGUGAAAUACGAGUGUCUUGCCGAGCACAUCGAGUCGGAAAAGCAUCUGGAAUUUGCACACGACGACAUGAAUUUCGAGGCUAUCGACUCGCUUAUAGAGAAGCUAGCUGCCUCCAGAGCGUUUGCCAUCGAAUUGCAAGAAAACUACGAACCAAGGUCAUCGGCUUGCUUAUAG